CGGUCCACCUUGUCACCAGGCGAACAGCAGCGUCUGGCGCUGGCGCGACUUUGCUACCAACAUCCCCGUCUAGUUGUUCUUGACGAGGCUACAAGCCAACUCAGUGAAAUGGAUGAGACAUCGGCCUAUCAGAGCAUUGCCAGCCGCAAUAUCACAAUGAUCUCCGUGGGUCAUCGGGGAUCCCUGCGUCGUUUCCACCAGCACGAACUGGCGCUUCGGGGUCAGUUGGGUGAGUGGAGCCUGACUCGGAUAGAUGAACCCGAGUAA